UCUAGCGCCCUCUUAAGGGCGUGUUGCCAAGCCACGUCAGUUGCAGCGCCGCCAUAUUUGCCGGCUGUGAGAGACGCGUUUGUGGUCAUAAAAACGUGCGAAGAUGAAUAUAUUUCGCUUAGUGGGUGACUUAUCCCAUCUCCUGGCCAUAAUCAUCCUCUUGCUCAAGAUAUGGAGGACGCGGUCGUGUUCAGGCAUCUCUGGCAAGAGCCAGAUUCUGUUCUCCAUCACUUACACGGCGCGUUACCUGGACCUGUUCACGACAUUUGUGUCGCCAUACAACAGCGUCAUGAAGGUGGUGUUCCUGGCCACCUCGUACGGCACGCUGUACCUCAUGUACGUCAAGUUCAAGGCCACCAAUGACCGCAACCACGACACGUUCCGCAUCGAGUUCCUCCUGGUGCCCGUCACACUGCUCGCGCUACUCGUGAACCACGAGUUCACCCCGCUAGAGACACUACCCGGCGGCCAAGAGCGUGGGUUUUUCCAAGUGGUGUUCUCCCACGCCACCCUGGUGUUCAGGGACCCCUUGGAGGUGCUGUGGACACUGUCCAUCUACCUUGAGGCGGUGGCCAUCCUGCCGCAGCUGUUCCUGGUCUCCAAGACGGGCGAGGCCGAGACCAUCACCUCGCACUACCUGUUCUGCCUGGGCUCCUACCGGGCCCUGUACCUGCUCAACUGGGUCUACCGCUACUACACUGAGAACUUCUACGACCUCAUCGCCAUUGUGGCAGGACUGGUGCAGACCGUCCUCUACUGCGACUUCUUCUACCUGUAUGUCACGCGAGUUAUCAAGGGUAAGGCACUGAAACUGCCCGCCUAGAAGCAAGCUAGGCUCCCAGCUGUCCAAAGUGCCGCCGCAGACCGCCCUUCCAGACUUUUGAAGGAGGAGGAGGAGCGAGCGCACAGACAACUCGGUUGCCGUGGACGCUUUCUGCAGUCACCCCCCUUCGGCAGCCGUUGUGCUCGGCAGUUCCUUGGAUGCAUCCUCUGUUGAUACUGUUUGUUUUCUUUCUUCUUUCCCGUCUGAUGUCGCCGUAACCCACCUGUUUCUUUUUUUUCUCUCUCUCUCUCUCUCUCGUUUCUUGUCUCAUAUGGACUGAAAUUCACGACGGCCCUGUGCUUCCCGAGUCAAGUCUUUUCUGUUUAUCUUCUUUCUCCACCCUGUGUAAACAACUUCCUUUUAGAACUAGAAACUUGUUGGACGGGGUUUGUGGAUGGCUGCUUGGAGCGGCAUCUCCUCGUCGCCCCACUUGCAAACGACUGCUAAGCGGUGAGCAAUUAGUGUGGUGAGAUAGCCCUUCCAAGAGGGCAGACUGCCAGUGUUUGAAGGAAGUGCAUUCGGCCACAAAAGGUUGCGGGACACUGGUGCCAGGACAAAUGCGAAUUUCCGCUCCAAGGCCGGAUGCUUCUAAUUUAAUGGAACACCACGUAGGUCGCAAGGGCUACUGUAUGCACUACACGCUGGUACGUUGAAUUCUAGGCUACGAGGCUUGAUGGGAAUUCGGCUCAUCUUUGCAAAUUCUAUGUCCUGUAAACUUUUGUGGCCAGCUGUACGCGCGUGCCACGGAACCGAUGGUGCAGCGUCGAGCGCAGCUCCUGGUUUUUCCUGAGCGGUUAUUACUACUAGUCUGUUGUCUCUGAGCACCCACGACGACUUGCGACCCGGCGAAGGUGGAGCAGGGCCAAACUCUCACGCCGCCAUCUGCAAGCCCCGCCCUUGGCUGUCAAUUGUGCGAUGAUGUGCAGCGGCUUUGUUGUGUAGGCUCUCACAUGCUUGCUUCAUUGAGUCUCUUGCCUUGAGCCAAGCAUCUGGAAUGUCACUGUGCACUUUUCUUUUUUUUUUCGUGUUCUUCUCACCGAAUGAAUGAAAGGGAUGUCGGUGUUUCAUAAAGGGUCGUGUCGGGGUGGCCGGUUGACAUCUUGUGUACAGUCUCAGCGAAAAAGAAAAGAAGUGUUCCUCUCCCUCCCUUCUUGCAAGUGUGCGGACGAUUUAUCAUUGUUAUUAUUACUGGUUAUGUACUUUUUUUUUUCCUUUAGUGAUGAGUGCGUGUUUAAAGUAUGGUGAAAGGAGGCAGAUUUCAAUGUUGCACUUGAGUGCUUUCUCAAUGCCAGUGUUCGGUAACUGUCUACCGGAAGUAUAUAUGCAGGAAGAAAUUGGAAAGGGCAUGCCGUGCGACGUUUCGGCUCGUACGUUUUCAGUGCAGCAGCAUCAACAGUGUGUGUGUCUCUCACCGCCAGCUUUUCCUUAUUGCCUUGUGCCGUUGGAUUCUUGCACGUUUACGAUCAGGCGAAUGCACUUCAUCUUGGUCAAACUUGGUCAAAGUAACCACGAAUGUUUGUUUGGGGAACUCUGUCAAGCAGCUUUCCUUCUUUCAUCGUUUCGCGUCGAACGGAUGAUUUCCAGCGACCAUUCGAGCUCUUCUUUACAGAACCAGCGUUUAGUGUAACAGAGCGUGCCAGGAAAUGUACAGUAGCAUCUGUAGCAAUCGCAAAACCGCCUACCUGCUGCAACCAGUGCUGUUUGCAUCGUUUUCAUUAUUUUUUUUUAACGGUUCACAUGUAUUGUACAUACUGGUGACAUGUCACGAUUGCCAGUGUGCGAAAGCGAACAGGUGAGGCACGAAGAAACUUGUGGGCUGUAUUUUUAAAAAAAAGAAAGUGGGUGCUGGGUUAUGGUUUCUACCUGCCUGCGGGGCGUUGCCGACUCCUGCGGAAGACAACACAGCCAAAGUGACUCGUCGGAUCCCACCUUCGCUUCUCUCCUUGUCACUGGCGUGGAUUCAAGGCAUGGAUUGUGGUGCAAAUAAAACAUGGUUUACUGAUUUUGGA